GUUAGACUGAAGCAACAAACCAGUUGGGAAUCAAUAUUUAUACCUGGCAUGUUGCUGACAGCGUCAUGGCAUAUGCUAAGCUUUUGCCACUGUAACACCAUUUUAACAGACUUUUUUACAACUGUAACAAUAUUUCUUUUAUCUUUUUUUAGAUGCUGUAUUUUGUUUGUGAUUGUAGUACAGCUGGAAAAAUAUUUUUUCUUUCUUUCUUUCAUUAAUAGACUAAUGAUUUUCCUCCCUUUUAUAUUCCCAGCACAAUCGAUCCCGGACCCCAUAGUAUUAACACCGGCCGACAAUCGUGGACCUAACCCUGAUAAAAUUCAGGACUUUUGGCUCAAUUUGGGAAGAUCGUUCAGAUUUGAUCCUGCACGAGACAAUCACUACCAUCUUUUUACUAGAGACAACCCCACGACCAGCCAACCUUUAGUGCAGGGCCUCACAAAUCUUCUGUCUCAGUCUAACUACGAUGGUGGAAAGCAGACAACUAUAGUGAUCCACGGGAUGGCUGGCAGCCCCGACGAUCAUUUCAAUCAAGUCGUCAUACCAGCCAUAUUGCAAGCGGAUGACAGGAAUGUGAUCACAGUUGACUGGAGUCGUGGGGCUAACCCUUCGCCUCAAGUCAUUCAACAAGCAAUUGACUCUGCUCGAUUCGUUGCCGGAUUCAUCAACUGGUUGAUGUCAGCGACGGGUCAGAAUUCCAACGCAUUCACCAUAGUCGGAUUCAGCCUGGGCGGACUGAAGGCUAGACUGGUAGCCAGACAUGUUCAGGGACAAGUCUCAUAUAUGUUGGGUCUCGAUCCCCUCCAUCAACCUAGCAUGCCCGACACCAUCAGGCCUGAUGAUGCCCAGUACACUGAGACGAUUCGUACAGCGGUCGGCGGGAUGGGUGACCAACCAAUAGCUCAUGCAGACUUCUACGUCAACGGCGGGGAUAACAACCCUGGAUGUGGCACCGACUUCGGAUGCAACCAUGCUAGAGCCUACCUGUUUUACGCGGAGUCGCUGACCCGAGGCGGGUUCACGGGCCGCCAGUGUCCAUCUCUUCAGAACGCGUUGACGGGCAACUGCUUCAUGCCUAAUACUUUAAGGAUGGGUGGGCUCAGUCCCAAGACGGGAGCGAGAGGCCUUUUCUACUUGGCCACAAACGCGAAUUCACCAUUUUCCAGAGGCUGAAGUACUUUUAAAAAAAAACCCGUGAUAAAACCACGAAAUGUUUUGCGACAAAAUCAUUUUAGCUCUUAAAUAAUGCAACUUGUAAAAGAAUUAAGUACACCCUGAAAGUAGUUUGUUAUAAAUGUAUCAAUUUCAUUAUUUUUAUGUUUAAAUAAAACUAGUUUUAAAGGGUUAAUGCACGAAAUUUAUUUAUUUAUUGACGUUUCGCAGCCUUUUCAGGUCUGCAUCGUCAGAAUAGUGAUUUUUUAUUUAAUUUUGUCGAGCUACCUUCGAAAGACUUUUAUUGAGCGUUCGGUUAUUUCAUUGGAGGAUUUUUAAAAUUUUAUUGUCUAUGUAUGAAUUUAUUAGUUAAUUUAGUUAAUAAAAUACUUUAUUUAAAAUUCUAGUUUACUUUAUUUAAAUCAUUAUUCUGACGAUGCAGACCUGAAAAGGCUGCGAAACGUCAAUAAAUAAAUAAAGUUUCGUGCAUUAACCCGUUAAAACUAGUUUUAUUUAAUGAGUGAUGUGCGUGAAAACCUAAGAAACAAAUAUGGCAUUAUUAAAUUAGAAAUGAGAUCAUUUAUAAAUAUGAUAAACAGCAAAGGACCAAGGUGUGAUCCUUGGGGGACUCCAUCUUGGUAACCUAACAGUUUAUUGCUGAAACUUCUAAUGCGUAAAAAUGCAACUGUGCAGGCCCCGUUGUCUAUGGUUUAGGUCAUAAAUUUUGCCAGGGUGCAUAAAUAUAAAUAAAACAAACACAUAUUAUGGCAAGAACAUUUUUAAUGUAACAACAUCGAAACAUCGAUAUUACAAAAACAAUUUUAUUUUAAUGCAUAGCUUUUUGGUAAUUCUAGCACACAUUUGGACAAAUAUUAUCUACUUCUAUUUAUAACAAAACAACAUUAUUAUGGUUCUGAAAGUAUAACAAAAAAAUACCUUUUUUGAACUUAUAUUUUUAUAUACCAAUAUUUUUUUAACGUUCCCUUUUUGUUUACAAUUCAAUCCUUAUUUUAAAAUCCAUCAGGCAAAUAAUUUAACAUAAAAUCAUUAAAUAGAACAAUCAUGCAUGUUUUUUCAUUACCUAAGUGUCAAUCACAGCCUUGGUAAUACGGGGUAGCAAAUUAAGACCACUAAAACCUGUACUCAAAAAAGUCAAUUAAAUUUAACGCAUGUUUAUGUCUAUUUCUAUGAGGAGCACGGUGGUGCAGUUGGUAGCCCGUUUGUCGGUCUGCGAUCGUGAAUGUUAAGCAACUUUCAAAAUGACCGGUCAUAGGAUGGGCGACCAAAAAGUACUUGUCUCGAGAUCCUCUGUGCUUCCAAAAACUACCUAUCUCGAGGUCCUCUGUGCUUCCAAAAACUACUUAUAAAUAAAUAAUAAAUAAAUAUUUUCAACACUCACACCAAUUAACCUAGCCCCAAAGUAAGCACUGUAAGGCUUGUGUUAUGGGAUGCUAGGGUAACGGAUAGAAUACAUAUACUGUACAUAAAUAAGUAUAUUUAUGUAGAAGUAUUUCUAUUAUUUCUUUCUAUAUUAAAUAUCCAUGAUUGGAGUACUUACAAAUGCUCGUAUUCAUCAUACAAACAUCUGCCCCCACCGGGAUUCGAACCCGGGACCUCUCGAGUCAGCGACACCAUGAAACCCGGCGUACAAACCACUCGGCCACGGAGGUCGUCGAUCCUCUGUGCUUCCAAAAACUACUUAUCUCGAGAAUCUCUGUGCUUCGGAAGGAAUCUUAAACCACUGAUCCGUACAAAAUUAUAUUAUUCAUUGGUGGACGAAUUUUCAACACAUUUUAUUUCACAUUUAUCAACUUAUAUUUAUUAAUUUAUUUAAAACGCUAUGAGCAACAUACAGCACAUGAUAAUACAUAUAAAUAAAUUAACGUGAGUCAGACAAUGGCCAAUAAAGUUUUUACAGUUAGUUUAGGAGUAUAGACAAAAUGGCUGCUAAAAAUGAUUGUUUUCUUCGUAGCGUACUAAUAUCAAACUUAUUAGCUACGUUCGGUAUUAGCAUCGCAGAGGCGACAGAUUUUUAGUUACGUCUUCACAGAUUCAUCUGGGCAAAUUACUAUUACCGAACGUAGAUUAAUCUCUAACCUCAAACAGAAACUAAUUCCCCAAAUAUAUAUCUAUAUAUAUAAAACUCAAAGGUGACUGACUGACAUAGUGAUCUAUCAAUGCACAGCCCAAACCACUGAAUGAAUCGGGCUGAAAUUUGGCAUGCAGGUAGAUGUUAUGACGUAGGCAUCCGCUAAGAAAGGAUUUUGAUCAAUUCUACCCCCGAGGGGAUAAAAUAGGGAAUGAAAGUUUAUCUGAAACUUUGUCAAUUUUAAACCGAACGGGCUGAGACUUUGCAUGCAGGUAUAAGAAGAAUCAUAGAUGAAUGUCAUUGUGUAUAAUACAAGCCUGAGAACAAAAACUGUAGUCUACACUUCAGCUCUACACCGAAGCGAAGCGAGGGCGGGCCGCUAGUAACAUAUAUAACGGUGACUUUUAGGCGGGAUCGGGAACCGUCACUUUAGCAGUUUUGUUUUUCUUGUUAAAAAUUGUGUUGUGGCGGCUGUUAGUGUCUAAUAAUGGUGGAUUAUUAACCACUAAGUGUUCGGGAACAUGCACAAGUAUUGGCAAGUGAAACAAAAUAGCGGAAAGUGUCUUUCGACGUUCCCUCAAGAAAUCCACGGGGAGGUUCCAGUAAAUCCCCACACAUUUACUGAAACAUAGGGAAAAGGGGUUUGACUUGACUGCCACUUACUUUGACUUGAUUUAUUACUUUGACCACGAGAGCUAUAGAAUUUGUAAACAUUUUAACACUUGACAUUGGCUAAAUGCACAGGCCGUGCGAAGCCAUUUAGAAAAAAAAACUUAUGUAAAGACAGAUAACCAGAUCAAUCUUUCUCGUCGGUUAAAAUACUCCGAGCAAACAGAUUAACAUCGGACUGGUUUGAACGGAAUUAACGAAAGCUUCAGAUUCACUCUGAAUGGUAAUAAACGAACGAUUCAGACUAAAAAGAUUGAUCAGACGCAAAUAACGAACGCAGCUACUGUUGUUUACACAUAGUUUGAAUUGCAAACAUCAUUCGCUAUAAUCUGAACACUUCUGAUUUUAAGGUUUUUUUUUAUUUUAUUUUUCAAGGCGCUGCCUUGCGCCUAAAAAAUACUAGAGAAAAUUGGACAGGGACAAUUCGGGCCGCGGUAGUCAGUGCAUCCAUCCAGAUAGCGGAGGAUGUGGAUUCGAGAUUCAUCUGCUGCCUGGUGCACGCUUUUUUUUUAUUGUUCAUCCCAUUUUUUAGGAAUGUAUACAUAGACCUGGCCCAAAAUGAAACAUGUCCUUUCUAGAAAACCUUAAUUUUAUGGCAUUAUAAACAAGAGCAGGAAAAUUCAGUUGAACUUGCUCUUUUAAGUUCAAAAUAUUCAUGUUUUGUAUGACUCCCCAAAUUCGACAAAAACUCAUUAACAGUAACAAAAACAAAUAUCAUACAACCUAAUACAAAACGGCGACUACGCAACCUAAAAAUGUAUGCCUGUCUUGUUCUCACCAAUGUUAAUAGAAAGAGACACCACAAUUUUUCAUAUUUUAUACAACAUGUGUAUUCGUUGUUUGUUGACUUGACACAGUCAACUACAGGUCAAGUGCAUCCAAAACAGACAAUUAGCUACAAAAGAUUUUGAGCUUCAUGCUCAUUAAUAUUAGGUUUACAAUUGAAUGAAAAGGGACACUAAACUUCUUUACGCACGCUUGACUUGGGGGGUAAGCUGGCGAAUGCGUUACGCGUUACGAAAAGUGUGUUCGGGUGAGGCGAACGGGAGUUGAGUGGGAGAUAUAAGCAAGAGAAAGCAGCGCGCGCGCACAUUUUCUUUCUCUCUUUCUCUUAUAGCUAGUGAAUAAAAUAUGUUUUACAGAUGGAACUAAAGAAGUUUCACUUCAGUCGUGUGGUCAUAAGCAUAUUCUUUUUUUUUAUGUUAAAGUGGUGGCAAAGUGGCCACCAUAGCCUAUAGAUGUUUGCGAUACCAAAAAUAUCACUCACACCGUUGCCUACCCUGACCCAAUCCCCUACCCCGUGGCGUUACAUUAAUUCUAAGACUGGGGUUGCCAUCUCUGAAUGAAAUUAAGAAUAUUUUUCAUUUUUCAAGUUGAAAGGACAUUGAGCAAAAAUUUAUGGACGCUUCAGCCACGUCCGCCACGGCUUAAACUACAUUUGUUUAAAAGGUAUUAUAGUCAUACUCGUUUGUGCCAAAGCGCUUCAAAUUGCAUCCCGGGGGUCUUUAGUUAUUUUAAGUUAAAUAGGUACAAGUACUAUAACAAACGAACAUUAAUGAAACAAAGGAAUUAAUUCAGUUAGUUAGUUCGGCCAUACAUAGAGGGCUCAGGUAUUAUGGGAGUACUUCACAAGGUGCAAGGAUGCCGCCUUAUGUUAUUCUGCCGCGCUAAAGUAAAUCCAAAAAUCCCCGCAUAGGUUGAAGUUUUUUCAAACAGUCUGUUCGUCAUAGUAAAUUGUCUUCAAUGUAAAACAGAGCGACCACAAAUCACACAAACUUGUCCACGCUUCGGAGAAAACAUGAUUCCAGAUCAUCCAUACUAAUUGACAAAACCGAUAAUCGUGUGGCAAUGUUCAAAGUGUGUUAGAUAAAAAUCAAUCAAGUGACAGGGAGCGCACACUCACAAGGACGUAAGACGAGUCGACUAUUUGCAACUGAAAGUCCUUCAACCUCCGUAAACCGUUUUGUGGUGGCUCAGGUAGUUCAAGCGCAGGAUGUUCGACAGGCUUUGUCGUAUAUCUGGUUGUAUAGUACGAUAUGGCAUAUUAUUAUGGUUACUAAUAUAAAAUAAAGGUACUAUAAAAUUAAUACUGUAAAAUUAAUUAAUUUAGGUACUUAAAUAUGCCCAUGCGUAUAUCUUUUGACUACCAGGACAUUUUUUUACGAUGUCAUAUCUUUUGACUACCGGGAUAUUUUUUUACGGUGUCAUAAUAAAAAAGGCUUGUUUUUUAUAGAUCUAUUGAUUCAUACUAAUUACAUUGUUGGCGGAGCUGGGUGUGGUUUGCCCAUUAUCCUUUAUACUCUUUAUUUGCGCUCAAAUAUCAGAAAAUUUAAAUAAAAGUAUUGUAACUAUUUGUACUGGUUUCAUUUUAUAGAAAUCAAUAUAUCUUUAUUCAAAUUGGAUGUAAAGUACGACUCUUUUGAAUCGUCCAAAAUUUUCAAAACAUUAUAAGGCUAAAUCAACCGGGACCCGAAUAGAAAGGAAUCAAAAAUGCCGACGCAAGACAUUAUGUCUCUCUCGCACAUUAAUUAUGUCGCGAUUACACUUGGACCUAACCCGAAUACGAGUGCCAAAGGAAUUCGGGUAAACGAUCAAGUCAAAAAUAACGGAGUUGAUCACGCCCGCACUCUGGUAGUACUCCUUUUGUUUACCCGACACCGUCUUCCGGCCCGUAUUCCAGUGUAAAUAUUGCUUCGGAUGCCCGAAUUCGAGUAAUGUCUUUCGUGCACCCGAAGCAAUCCGAAUGACAUAAAACUUUUGCCGUAUUAAAAAAAAGUAACAGUUUGUUGUUGUUGAGAAUAAGAUUACCAAACCUUGAAAGUAUUUACAAAGAUGGUAAACAUCAAGCAUAAAACAAUAAUUUCAGUUAAUUUAACGAAUUUUUCGAAAUUAAAUUUCAUAGUUAACCUAGGAAAGCUCCGUUGUUAUUUAUUGUUUUAGAGCAAAUAUUUCUAUUCGCAAAUAAAAUUAAUACGACAUUUAACGUAAUAUACCGACACAUUAAAUAUAUUAUUCACACCAUUUCGGGUGUUCUGUAUAAAUAAGCAUUCUAUUUUGAUCGAGUUAUAAUUUAACGAAUAAGACAAUUGAAAUUCCGCUAUUAUUAAUAGGAACUCAGCAAAGUAAAUUAUAAUUGCUAUCGCUUGAACUAUGGUCUACACAACCUGUUAUUUAUAACAGAACAAAAACAGAAAUCUUCCAUAGACAAUUAUGAAAGUGAGAAUUCGCGGCAAUUUCGUUAUUAAAACGCUGAAAACUCACUUAGCUGAAAACGCAGCUUUUGGUUAUGGCAACAUUCUCUUUGUCCCGAUUCUUCUCUCUGUUUUCCAAAUAUUGCUUGUAGCCACCGCCAAUAAUUCCGAGUAGGACAAUGAGACCAACCAAAGAGUUGGAUUUGAAUUUUGCCGCGCAAUCUCUAGGGUUGUUGACGUCCAAAUUGUAUAUCUGUAACAAUGAAACAAAACUUUAAUCGAAACAGAUGAGAAAUUAGGUUAUUUUAAAGCUAUAUCCGAUGAUCCGAUGCAUGUUCGGCUGCGAUCGUAGAAGUUAAGCAACUUUCGCAGUGGUCGGUCAUUGGAUGUGUGACCAAAAAUUUACUAUCUCGAGCUCGUCCGAGCUUCGGAAGGCACGUUAAGCCGUUGGACCCUGCUGCAUCUGCAGAUAUUAGCACCCACCAAUCCGCACUGGGCUCGCGUUGUGAGUCACGGCCCAAUCUCCCUAUGCCGUUCACAGGAAGGCCUGUGCCACAGCAGUGGAGACAUUAAUAGGUUGAUGAUGAUGAUGGUUUAUUACCAGGAUACUUUAUAUCGUUGGUUCUUAUUUUUUCUUCUCUUUCUUUCUUCCAUUAGUUUUUUUGCUAAUCUGUAAAUUUCUCUGGGUAUAGGACACUUAUUAUCUCUGCAACCGGAAAAAUUGCAGAUUGAUACAUUCAUUCUCUUCUUAUUUAUUUAUUUUUAUAAUAGUGGCAAAUAUUGCAAGAACAAGCAAAAGACAGACUUAACGCUAAAAGCAUCCUCUCCUCUUCAACCUUGCCCUUUUUUGAUUUUUGUUCAUCCCACAUAUUCUCAAUAAAAAUACACUAACACAGACGAAGUCGCAGGCGGAAGUUAGACUAUAACAAUUUCCUGCAUGUACAUCAUCCUACUUGUCUCCCAUCAUGUGUUUGGUAGGCCAACAGCGCUGCGUAAUAUCUUAAAAUUUCUUUACUUUUAUAUAUCUUGCAGUUUAAUGCCUAAAACAUACAAUAAACUCAUCCUACCUGUGCCCCCUUGUACGCUCGAUACGCUAGCAGAGCUGCGUAGCAUCUGAUCAGAAGUUCCUCAGGGAUCACAUUUGAGACCUCUCUUUUAUCUAUCAUUUAUAAAUGAUCAGGAGUUCCUCAGGGAUCACAUUUGGGACCUCUUUUUUUCUGACAUUUAUAAAUGUUCAGGAGUUUCUCAGUAAUGACAUUUGGGACCUCUCUUUUUCUUCUAGCAUACAUAAAUGAUCAGGAGUUCCUCAGGGAUCAGAUUUGGGAUCACUCUUUAUUCUAGCAUUUAUAAAUGAUCUAAUUUGAGUUCAAAACUGUCCAAAAUUCGAGUGAUGGUGUGAACAAUAUAUCCUACCUGUGCCCCCUUGUACACUAGACACGCUAGCACCGCGACGUAAUGCCUUAAAAUUUCUUCAGAUUUAUAAAUCAAACAAACAAACAUCCAGCAGUUAAAUGCUCAAAAAAAUAACUACAAUUGCUAUUUCUUGUUUCAAAUGUUUAAUUCUUGUAAAGGUAUUCGUUUGACAUUGUGGGUUACCGACAAUGCGAAGAGAUGGCGCUGCCUUACAGCCUAAUAAAUACUAGAAAGAAUUCGACAAGGCCAUCAGGGCAGAGGUAGCAUAAGGUCAGUGCAUCCGCCCGGAUAUCGGGGGCUGCGGGUUCAAGUCCCGUCUGCUGCCUGGAAAUUUUCUUUAGAUUUAAACAUCCAGCAGUUAAAUGCUUAAAAAAAUAUAAAUUAUCUUACGAUUAAAUGCCUUAAACAUGCAAUAAAAUCAUCGUACCUGUGCCCCGUUGUGCGCUAGAUACGCUAGCAGUGCUAUAUAAUACGUAGCGUCCAAUCCUGCCGCUAUACCAGCGCUAGUGAAGCACGCGCUACUGAGGGCUAAAGUCGCUGAAAGCGCUAUUUUCGUGUGUUCGCCGAAAGUUAAAGCUGUGGAUUUCAUUCCUAUGCGGGCGUCGUCAUCUUUAUCCUGGGUGGAAGUUAAUAAUGACUAUAUAAAUAAGAUAUAUUGUCGCAACUGUAAGUUAUAAAUAGAAAACAUGAAGUAAAAAAAAUAACAUAUUCGGCCUUAUUCAAAAACGUCGAUUAAAGUUAAACCUGAUCUAAAACUGUUUGCUAAAAACA